AUGGCCGAGAACAUCUGGCCUGGUUGCGGCCCCGAGCAGAGCGACAAGGUCUUGGCGGCCCGCAUGGCGAACUUUGACGAUGUCGAUGGGCUCGAGGACCUGCUCGGAGUCGAAUGGGUGACGGACAUGUUCGACAAGUCUACGGCAGACGAGGUUCCCGACGAUAUCAGGUCCGCCAAGUCGAUCAAGGUGUCGCGGUCUGAGUUCCUGAGCGAGUAUGACCGCUUCAAGGAUCGCGCGUUUUCGCCCGCGCGCGGUUCCUGGCAGGCCGCCGUGCCGGAGCGCUGGGGGUGCCCCGAUGCGUCUGAUAUCGGAGAGGUGGCCAUGGUGCCCUGGAACGCCCAGGCGCAGGCGGGCGGGGCCGCGCCAGCGCUGGCGCGGCGGCGCUCGAGGACGCCAACGCCGCUCAGGGCCGCGGCGCCCGCGCAAGGCGGCAUCGGGUACAGGGCGCGCCUUCGGCAUCGGCACGCCGACGCCGCGGCGGAGCCUACGCGCGAGCAGUGGAAGGGCAAGACGCACGGCAAGCCCGCGGGAAGCGUCAGGAACAGGCAGCACCCGCUCCACGGUUUGCGCUUCCCGAAGGAGCCGCCGUCCGCCGCGGACGACGUGACGCAUGCGCAGGUGAAGCCUUACUUCCCUCCAGACACUUACGUCUGGCGCUCCAACGGCGAGGGCGCCUGGUUGUUUAACCAGCCGUCCAUCUUUCGGCGGGGGCCGACGGGGCUUGUCGACGGGCAGUCGAAGCGCUUCGACGUCGAGGAGCUCCGCACGAAGGGGCUCUUGCGCGUGGCCGAGCCGUGGGACAUCGGCUACGUCGCCGUUCGCGGCCCGUCGUGGGAUGACGGCAACCUCGGCAUGUUCGACGGCGGCCGCGGCUGCUCGGGCUACACCGUUCCUCCGAACGACGACCAUCCCAAAGCUUGGGUGAAGUUCAUGCUGUGGGGUGCCGACGACGGCUCUACGUCGCCGUGUGCAUUCACGGGGUGGCACAUGAGGCACCACUGGAUCAAUCGCGCGAUCUGCGCAGAGUUCCCCUCGGGCCGCGGCGCGCACGUCUUCCUGGCGAAUGAUCGCCACCGCUUCGAGCUGCAGGUUGUCGACGGGAUGUCCCUCAUGUCGGACGUCGACCGCUUCUGCGCGCUGCACAACCUCCUGCUCCAGGUGCAGAACCUUUUCGCAGAGUGGCUCCCCGAAUUCAUGCAGUGCAACGACCUCGCGGUCGACGUCCAGACGGUGAUUGAGCUCGAGAAGGCGUCCAUCCAGUGGAUCAAGGACGGCAUGCAGGCGAAGCUCGACGACAAGAUCGCCAGGGCGCUCUCCGACCAGGCCGAGGCGGGCCCCCUCGGCCUGCGCGCCAGGGUCCGGCCCCCAGAGGGCGACGCGGGCGGGGCGCAGGCGGUGCUGUCGGACCUGGCGGGGGCGGACGACCUGCUGCUGCUGCAUCGGCUGGAGGAGGCCUUCCUGGCGAGGCCGGCCUCCGCGACGGCCCUGCCCGAGCGGCGGCGGCGGGCCGACGCGCCGCGGAGCCCGCCGCCACCGCCGGCGCGCCACACCUCCGCCCCGAGCCUCUCGCCGCUGGCGCGCCCCAAGUCCGCCACCAGCGUCGCGGUGCGCCGGCCCCUCGGCGGCGCCGCGGGCGCGACGUGGCCCGAGCGCCAGCCGCCCGGCGCCGCUGCCACGACGUGGCCCGGCCGCGGGGGCGCGGCGCCUCUGACGCAGGCGGCGGCGAACGGGGCGACCAUGCACGAGAAAACGCUCUGGGCGUACAGCUCCCCGUGCUUCGCCUCCAAGAAGUGGGCGCCCAGCAGGCGGCUGCCCUCGCCGCGGAGUCGGCCGCCCGCCACUGGCCCGCCCGUGGAGGACGCCCCGCCCAGGCUGGAGGAGGCAGCUCUCGCCCUCCGCGCGCAGGAGCUGGCGACGCAGCGGGCGGCGCCCUCGCCUCUGAGGUCGCGCCGGGCGCGGGCAGGGCAGUGGGAGGAGUACGCCCUGGGCUCGCCGCUGAAGCGCGGGCAGGCGCUGCCGCGCCGUUCCCCGUUCCGCCUGCGGGCCGUGGCCGCGCGCCGCGGGGGCGCGGCGCGUCCCCGGCGGCGGAGGCCGCGUGCCAGGCCGCGACCUGGCCCGAGGCGCGGCCUGCUGGCUCCCCGGCGCCCGCCGCGGGCAGGACGCCCGCCUCCAGCCCGUCGUCUGGCG